AUGUUGUCAUUGUCGGCGUCGUUGUGCAGGUCGAUUGUUGCUGGUAGUAUGGCAACUCCCGUUGAGCCUCCGAAUGGGGUUGGAACUCCAGGGAAGCACUACUAUUCCAUGUGGCAAACACUGUUUGAGAUUGAUACGAAGUAUGUGCCAAUCAAGCCUAUUGGUCGAGGGGCAUAUGGUAUUGUCUGCUCGUCUGUCAACCGGGAAACCAAUGAAAAGGUUGCAAUCAAGAAGAUACAUAAUGCCUUUGAAAAUCGUAUUGAUGCACUAAGAACUCUGCGUGAAUUGAAGCUUCUCCGCCAUCUUAGACAUGAAAAUGUCAUAGCCCUGAAGGAUGUCAUGCUGCCUAAUCAUAAGAGAAGUUUCAAGGAUGUCUACUUGGUUUAUGAGCUUAUGGAUACUGAUUUGCAUCAGAUAAUUAAGUCCUCUCAAGCACUAUCGAAUGAUCAUUGUCAGUAUUUUCUAUUCCAGUUACUUAGAGGUCUGAAGUAUCUACACUCAGCAAACAUUCUUCAUCGGGAUUUGAAGCCUGGGAACCUACUUAUCAACGCGAACUGUGAUCUAAAAAUAUGUGAUUUUGGGCUUGCACGUACAAGCAGUAAUCAGGGCCAAUUCAUGACUGAAUAUGUGGUCACCCGUUGGUAUCGAGCACCAGAGCUCCUUCUCUGCUGUGACAAUUAUGGCACCUCCAUUGACGUGUGGUCUGUUGGUUGCAUUUUUGCCGAACUUCUUGGUCGGAAACCCAUUUUUCCGGGUACUGAGUGUCUUAACCAGCUUAAACUGAUCAUCAACAUCCUUGGUAGCCAGAGGGAAGAUGAUCUCGAGUUUAUUGAUAACCCAAAGGCGAGAAAGUACAUUAAGUCACUUCCUUACUCUCUGGGAACCCCAUUUUCCCGUCUUUAUCCAAAUGCCCAUCCUCUGGCGCUCGAUCUGUUACAGAAAAUGCUCAUCUUCGACCCUUCAAAGAGGAUAAGUGUAACCGAAGCACUUCAACAUCCAUACAUGUCUCCCCUUUAUGAUCCAAGAUGUGAUCCUCCGGUCAAUGUCCCUAUCAAUCUCGACAUAGACGAGGAUUUAGGCGAAGAUAUGAUUCGGGAAAUGAUGUGGAUGGAAAUACUUCAUUACCAUCCAGAAUCUGCUGCUGCUAACAUGGAGGUAAACAUUUGA